AUGCCUCACAAAGUUGGCGUUUUGGACGUAACGUCGCCAGAAUUUGAUGUGGACGCAUAUUUUAGUUCACAACUCAAGGAGAAGACUCUAGAUGAAUUGGUUAGAGAAGAGGAGGAGAUGGUGUCUUCAGUGCGUCGCUUGGACUCCGAUGUUCAUCAACUCGUUUACGAGAAUUAUAACAAGUUCCUGACUGCCACAAGUACUGUAAGAAAGAUUCAGGAUGAGUUCAACUUGCUGGAUAGCGAAAUGGAGUCUUUGAGCACCAACAUGAAGAAUAUAUCGGGGUUAAUAGGCGAACUUAGUGGUGUGCUCGGCGGAGGACGGGAAGGUCUAGCUCAGCUGGGAAGUUCGUACAAAGUGGUCAAAAGCUUGCAGUCCAUUUUUGAACUGCCGAGUAUUUUACAGGCUUCGUUUGACGAGGGAAGGUAUAGCGAUGUUGUGAGGCUGUACCUUCUUGCUCAGAAAGGCCUCGCCAAAUAUUCUGACAUGAAAAACAUGGCUCAGAUUCAGCAGAAAGCAGACCACAUCCUAGUGGAAACGGAAAAGCAGCUGCUGAAGUUGAUCGAUCGUUCCACUGAGGACGUGGAAGGUGUAGCUGAAGCAAUUGGACUUCUUAUGAAACUUGGGAAGUCACCAGAAGAGGUUCAGUCACGACUUUUGAAAUCUUCGGAGAUCUCCUUACAAAAUGAUUUGAAACAGCUGCAAAGUAACCCAGCAGACGUAUUGGAUCUCGUGGACAAAGGUUGUGAAUCGUUUAUACCAAAUUUGACGCUUCUCGCUAAUUUACACGAGCGGCUGUUUCCUGCUUGCUCCGGAAAUCUCUUGAAAAUGUUAGAAGGACAACUUAAGAAUUUUCAUGAGAUUGUCUCAAAUCUCUUUCUUGCCUCCUCUGAUCCAAAGGACUGCUCCAUAGUUGUACGCGCUUUGGACCGAUAUUUCAGAAAAAUGUCCACUUGCAGGCAAGUGGUGCAAGGUCUAGAUUGUUCCACAUGUACAAUAUCUCUUAUCCGUGAAGUGUCAAAGCAUGAGGUCCUUAUCUCUAGAAAAUAUAUCUCGGAGGAAAUGAAGAUCGUGAUGCAAGAGAUCCGUCAGUCACUCAUGUCGAAAGAUGUCGACUUAUCCGCUCUUGCAGCAAAACUUGAACAAUCUUUUGUUUUUCAAGUAAAGACAGCUCUGGCUAACUUGUUGCUCUUCAUCGCUAGUGACGUAACAUUUUCAACCCUGCCCCCAGCUGAAUUCCAAGCAGAAUUUGCGCACAGUGUGCAUGAAGAAAUUGUGAUUGGAGCAUUUAAGGAUGUAACUGCAGUGGCAGAAACGUACGGUUCGUCCGAAGGCGAAACUCGCUAUGCUAAUCCUUUAAUGAUGCUGCUUUUGGCAUUUACUCUCCAUCAUCUUGCAAACAAGUCGUCACAAUAUCUAUUAAGCCUUUGCCGGGAACAAUUUUCUCUCACGACAUCGAAAACCACUGCGGGUUUGACAAGUGCAUCCGAAGUCACGGCAUUGCUUAAAGCAUGUUCACAAGCACUUUUGCGACGGUUUACAAAAUUCCGCGGUCUUGAAUUUGGUGAAGCUCUCGUGAAAGGAUGUGAAGGUUUGCAUCAGCCGGCUGCUUCUCCUGUUGGAGUAAGAUCUGCUGUGCGACGAGCAGUUGAAGAAAUUAUCGAAUGCGAUGCUAUGCUUUCUCGUCUUCUCGGCGGUGAAGCUGGCCGAAAAGAAAGUCGCCAUCGCAGACCUGUGCCAACUCCUUCGGCACCUGACUCAUCCAGAGAUUCAUUGUGGUGCGAACGAAUCGAUUUCAACCAGCAGCUGCACUUUAACAGGGCGUCCAUUAUUGGUGCUAUUGUAAAAGUAAUACUGAAAUCGUUUAUUGAAUCGAUUAGGCUACAAACAUAUGGGAAGUUUGCGGUCGAACAAAUUCAGGUGGAUUGUUACUAUCUACAGCGAGGCGUUUCGCCUUUAGUAGCGGAUGAGGUAGUCGUGAAUUCCAUGGUGGAUCAAGCUCUGUCGUCUGCGCUCAAGAGAUGCGUAGCUCCUGAGCUAGUGCAUCCCAGUAGGCUAAGGCAAAUCUGCGACGAAAAGCCUGAAUAA